CCAUCCUCACUUCUGUUCGCCGUCCCUCCCUCACUGUACAUGCCACACAAUCAAUAGUUCCAACCAGAGAACCAACUCAACCAUACUACCCUCUGGGAAAGGGAGGGGAAAGAGAUGGCAUAAGAGACAGAGAGAGUGGGAGAGGACCACAGCGAAACUAUCUGCAGGCACAGACAGACACAGAUAUCCAUCCAGACAGACAGGCAGGCCUCGCUCCCCAGCACAGAAAGAUGAGCUCUCAGAUGUACACAGAGCUGUCUGCGGCUCCCUCGUCUGGCUCAGCCCUGGAGCUACGCUUUACAGAGGACACCUCUCUCACUGAGGUGAUGCGGCUACGUGUCCAGUCCCUGCAGCGGAGCGGUCAGAAGCGACAGGAGGGGGAGCGGUUGCUCCUCCCCCACGAGGCUGUCUACCGUCUGGACUUCGCCAAUCAGGAGCUGACGUUCGUCCACUGGUCGGUGUCUCUGAUUGGCAAUGGCAGAGUGACCGUCACGGGGAUCUCCCAGCUCUGGACCCCUGACCUCACACACCUGAUGACCCGGCAGCUUCUAGAACCCGUCGGAACAUUCUGGCGGAACGCUGGCGACCCGGAGGACACACCCCUCAAGUGUCUGGAGGCGGACAUCCAGGAGUUUGGGGAGCGAAUCGCGGAGCUGGCCAAGGUCCGCAAGGUCAUGUACUUCCUGUUUGCCUUUAAGGAGGGGGCAGAGGCUGACAAGGUCAGCAUCUCCGUGGAGUUUAAUCAGGCCUGACCUAUAAACCUUAAAGGGAUACUUUUGGAUUUUGGCAAUGAGGCCCUCUGGACACAGAAGUGUGUGCUUCUCUGUGUCCAGUAUGAAGGUAGAUAGAGGUAGUUUUGCGAACCAAUGCUAAUGAUACCAUUAUGAUACCAACACUAGUUAGCAUUGGCUCACAAAACUAUGUGAAACUACAUCUAACUUCCUUCAUACUGGACAUAGACAUACAAAUGGUAUCCACGAGUUCAUCUGACUCUGGGGAAGUACAUAAAGGGCCUCAUUGCCAAAAUCCCGAAGUAUCCCUUUAACUGCUUCCUCUUCCCUCUACUCCUCUAGUCUCCCUCUAGUCUCCCUCUACUCCUCUAGUCUCCCUCUACUCCUCUAGUCUCCCUCUACUCCUCUAGUCUCCCUCUACUCCUCUAGUCUCCCUCUCUCCAUUCUAAGGGGAUGCCUUCUAUUACAGCCAUUCUAGGUUGGGCCAGUCUACACACCUCUCUCUGUCUCUCUACACCCCCUGCCCACACAAACCAACGAGUCCCAUCUCUCAUCUGAGUGUGUGCGCACUUCCUUCCUGAACAUCUACCUAUCUAUGCAUGUCAGUCAACAAUCUGCUAGAAACCAUCUUCUGGAGGUACAGUAGUUACACAGUAGUAACAGUAGGCUGCAGAAUAACUAACUUUAGGUUAUAAUCCUAUAAAUACGGGUACCUGCCAAAAUAAAGGAAUCACCAACAUAAAGUGUCUUAAUAGGGUGUUGGGCCACCACGAGCUGCCACAACAGCUUCAAUGCACCUUGACAUAGAUUCUACAUGUUUCUGAAACUCUAUUGGAGGUUUGCGGCACCAUUCUUCCAGAAGAAAUUCCAUAAUUUGGUGUUUUGUUGAUGGUGGUGGAAAACGCUGUCUCAGCCGCUCCAGAAUUUAUAUAUUUAAGUAUGAUGGGAUAUUAAUUGCUUAAUUAACUCAGGAACCAUACCUAUGUGGAAGCAGCUGCUUUCAAUAUACUUUGUAUCCCUCAUUUACUCAAGUGUUUCCUUUAUUUUGGCAGUUACCUGUACAUUUAUAUUGAAAACCUGAAUGAUAUGAAUGAAUAGGUCUUUCUGAUCCUUCUUUAUAGGAAAUAUUAGAGAACCAACGCUGCAGUGUAACUCCAACUACCUGCGGUACUAUUACUCUAAUCUACACUGUAUUACUCUCCUAUUACCCUGCACUGAUAUACUAGUUACCAUAUUCACUUUGCAUGAAAUAUCACAACAAUAUACUGUAAACUGGCCAUGUCCUCUACUGCUGUCCAAUAAAGAGAUGUAGGUAC